AUGGCUUUCAAACCAACCGAUGGGCUAAGGUCCGAGAUUGAGGACGUUCCUGUCGAGAAAGAGAACGUCAACAGUCUCAAGGGCGAAGCUCAAGAUAUCGACCCUGUCCUCGAGAAGAAGGUCAUCCGGAAGGUCGACUUCAACCUCGUACCCGUUCUUUUCCUGUUGUUUCUGUGCGCCUUCAUCGACCGAAUCAAUAUCGGCAAUGCACGCAUCCAGGGGCUGGAAAAGGACUUGGGCAUGACAGGACAAGACUACAAUAUUGCUUUGUUUACGUUCUUCAUCCUGUACAUCUUGUUGGAGGUUCCCUGCAACAUGAUCCUGAAGAAAAUCCGCCCUUCAGUCUUCAUCUCAUCAAUCAUGGCUGGAUGGGGCGUCGUUACGGUUUGUCAAGGUGUAACACAAUCAUUCGCCGGCCUGGUGGUCUGCAGAGUAAUCAUUGGAGCGCUAGAAGCUGGUUUCUUCCCUGGCUGCGUAUAUCUACUCAGUAUGUACUAUCGACGCCACGAGCUGCAGAUGCGCUUCAACUUGUUCUUCUCGGCUUCAAUCAUUGCGGGCGCCUUUAGCGGCCUACUGGCCUACGCCAUCGCUCACAUGGAUGGUAUCGCUGGAUACGGAGGUUGGAGAUGGAUCUUCAUCCUCGAAGGCAUUGCCACCGUCGUCAUCGCGGUCGCCAGUUACUGGCUGAUCCCCGACUGGCCGGAGACGGCCAAGUUCUUGAAGGAGGACGAGCGUGAGCUUCUCAUCCGUCGUCUUGCCCUUGACAAAGCCGGCGCCACCAUGGACCACUGGAACAAGAAGACGGCCAAACGUGUCUUCAGCGACCCGAAGAUCUACCUCAGUAUCUCUAUGUAUCUCGGCGUCGUGACGACCAGCUACAGCGGGUCAUUCUUCACACCGACCAUUCUGCGACAAUUGGGCUGGACCGCCAUUCGCGCCCAAGUCAUGUCGAUCCCGAUCUUCAUCUUUGCGACCGUCUGCGCCCUCUCGGUCGCCUUCCUCAGCGACAAGGUGAAGCAUCGUUUCGGUUUCAUCAUUGCAGGUUGCCUGAUCGCCAACAUCGGGUAUAUUAUCCUGCUCAAUAUGCACAAUGUCAAGGUCGGCGUGCGGUACUUUGCCCUGUUCACGAUUGUGGGCGGUGCCUAUAUCGCUCAACCCAUCACUCUUGUGUGGAUGAGCAACAACGUUGCGGGCCACUACAAGAUCGGCAUUUCCGCUGCUAUGCAAGUCGGGUUUGGUAACCUCGGAGGUAUUAUUGCUAGCAACAUGUUUGUCACCACGCAAGCCCCAGAGUAUCCUCUCGGCUUCGGCUUGGGUCUUGGUUUGAUCUGGCUUUGCAUCAUUAGUUCGGUCGUCUUCUUGUUCUAUCUCAAACGGGAGAACAAACUACGAGAAGCCGGCAAACGUGAUUACAGAUAUGAGUUGCCUGAGGAUGAGAAGAGGAACUUGGGAGACGACCAUCCUUCAUUCCGCUUCACAUACUAG